GCGCGGGAACGGACUGGUUUCGAAUGCAUGAAAGCGAGGCUUGGUAGGCCAGAAAAUUCUUGGAGAGCACAUUUGUGACCGUAUAAUUUCUCAAAUAAUAUUGUUGAAGUAGUCUAAAGGUUUUGAGGAUAUUGGCAGGAAAAAUAUUUCUUAGUCACUAAACGGGAUAUCCCUGAGUUAAAGAAAGAUUUCCGCGUGAAGAGCCUUAGAGAUGCCGACAAAUUGCUGUGUCCCGCUCUGUACGAAGAAGGACAAGCGGGACAAGGAGACGGGUGAAAAAAUUUCUUUUUUCCGUUUUCCAGAGGAGGAAAACCUAAAAAAGCGAUGGCUUCAUGCUAUAAGAAGAGAUAUCGGAGCGAAUUUUUCCUUAAAUGGGGCAACUAGAGUUUGUUCCAGGCAUUUCAGGAAAGAAGAUUUGCAGAGAAGUCUUAGUGGAAAAGUUAGCCCCACACCAGGAGCUGUGCCGAGUCAAUUCGUGUGGAAGCGAAGUUCGCCUCGUAAACGAGCACCACCGACACCACGCUGUACGGCUACAACAGUGACAAAAAAAAAAGCGCUUGAAGUUAGGGAGGCUGUGGAUUCUUCCACCGAAUGCAGCGAAAUUAUCAGUGAGCAUGCUACAUCAACAAAUAUGGCGGACUUAACAGUGGAAAUGGAAAACACAACACAGGAGCGUGAGUGCAGCACUGAUUUUGUCAAGAAAUCAGAAAAAGAUUCAUGCAUAGCUGAGCUUAAGGACAAAGUUGCCGCAGCACUAACGAAUAAUGAAGAACUGGAGAAAGUGGUUUCAAAACUUAAAGAAAAAGUUGUGGAUCUUGAGCGGAAAUACGAGAAAUGUGAGGAGCGGUUGUUUUCCUUUAAAAACAUCGCCUCAAAUGACUCACUAGUAGCAUUUUACACCGGCUUUCCAAACUACCAAACAAUGAUGGUCCUGUACGAAUUUUUGGAUCCUGGUGAGCAGGGUGAGAACAUUAACUAUUGGCUGUCUGGAAAAGGUUUUGAUAGCACCCCCAAGUCUGUGAAAAAAGGAAGACCACGGAUCUUAAAACCAGUGGACGAGUUCCUUCUCACUUUGUGUAGGUUGAGGCAAGGUUUUGCUGAGUUGCAUUUAGCCCAAUUAUUUAAUAUUUCUCAGCCAACUGUUAGUCGCAUCUUUAUCUCCUGGAUAAACUUUUUGUAUUUAAAACUUGGCCAUAUUAAUAUCUGGCCAUCCAGAGAACUAGUUAAUGAGACAAUGCCUGAUGAUUUCAAGGCAAAGUAUCCUACCACAAGGGUAAUCAUUGACUGCACAGAGGUGCGCUGUGAAAUGCCUAGUAGCCUCCUUUUAAAUAGUGAGCUCUUUAGUUCAUAUAAGAACCAUACCACUUUAAAGGCAUUAGUGGGGAUUUCACCUAAAGGGGGUUUCACAUUUAUUGGGCAGCUGUAUACUGGAAGCAUAUCUGACAGGGAAAUUGUAGAGCGGAGUGGCUUUUUGAAUCUUCCCUUUUCGAAAGGAGACACUGUGAUGGCUGACAAAGGCUUCACCAUUGAUGAUAUUCUUCCCCUAGGAGUCUCCUUAAACAUCCCCCCUUUCUUGGGAAUGUCUGAGCAGAUGUCAGCCGAAGAUGUGAUUGCAACACAAGAAAUUGCUAGCUUGCGAAUCCAUGUUGAGAGGGCCAUUAACAAGGUGAAGAAUUUUCGCAUAUUUGAUGGGGUUAUUCCAUUCACCUAUUUUGGGGUAGUAAAUCAAAUGUGGUGUGUGUGUGCAAUGUUGUGCAAUAUGCAUGAUCCCCUCAUCAGUGCUUGACCUAUUAACAUAAACUUAAUAAAUACCCCUCGUUGUUAAUAAAAAUAAAAUUUGUGCUGUUUUUCCUAUGCAAGAGAUUGGUGUAAACACAACAUGUAUUUUAAUGCCUUUCAACACUUGUAUAUGUUGUAGUUCAGUUUUAUCCUUGGUUCAAAUUUUAUUUUCCUUUGUUUCCAACUCAUUAUCAUACAU